GGCUGGUGGAGUUGCUGGUGUCUGUGUGGACUUGAUCCUUUUUCCCCUGGAUACUGUAAAAACAAGACUGCAGAGUCCUCAAGGAUUCAGGAAGGCUGGUGGCUUCCGUGGCAUCUAUGCUGGUGUUCCUUCCACUGCUAUAGGAUCCUUUCCAAAUGCUGCUGCUUUUUUUAUCACCUAUGAGAAUGUGAAAUCUGUGCUGCACCAUGAAUCUUCAUCUUACUUGUCUCCAGCAACACACAUGGUGGCUGCCUCCCUCGGAGAAGUGGUUGCAUGUCUCAUACGGGUUCCAUCUGAGGUCGUCAAGCAAAGGGCUCAGGUUUCUCCUUCCUCCAGCACCCUCCAGAUCCUCUCCCACACCUUGUACCACGAGGGUGUUCAAGGACUUUAUCGUGGCUAUAAAAGCACAGUAUUAAGAGAGAUUCCUUUCUCUCUGGUACAGUUUCCCCUCUGGGAGUCCUUAAAGGAUCUCUGGUCAUGGAAGCAGGGUCACGUGGUGGAUUCUUGGCAGUCAGCAGUCUGUGGAGCUUUUGCAGGUGGGUUUGCAGCUGCAGUCACCACACCCCUCGACGUAGCGAAGACGAGAAUUAUGUUGGCCAAGGCUGGUUCCAGCAAUGCCAGAGGGAAUGUUCUGGCUGCCCUUGGUGACAUCUGGAGGACACAAGGCCUGUCGGGCCUGUUUGCAGGUGUUGUCCCACGGAUGGCAGGCAUCAGUCUGGGAGGCUUCAUCUUCCUGGGGACAUAUGAGAAGACUCGCCAGCUGCUGCUCUGAGCCAGCCCAGCCAGUCCUGUCGAGAUGCUGGAGAAACUGCCGAGUUGGAGGAGUUGUCAUCUCGCCUUCCUCCCCCUGGCUGUGCUGCAGCAGCUGUCCCACAGGCUGAGAGCCACUCUCACUGCUAAAGAAAAGUAAAUCCUCUAAUAAUCCAAUUUCCCAAACAUGAAAUUUUCCUGCAUGGAAAGCGAGUGAGGUCAUUGUGAGAGUUGUGCCAAAAAAGUAAUGUUUGGGGGGGGUAAACAGCUAAUUACGGUGGCUGCGAAAGGCGUUAUUAGAACUCCUGCAGGGGGAAGGUGUUUUGGAAACCUCCAGCUCAGGGGCUGAGCAAGGAGGCUGAAAUAAAGCAAGUUUUCAUCA